AUUACCUCUGCACCAAAACCUCGUCGCAGAAGACGUCCUAGUAAAUCUAUACCUAUGAUUCCUAUUGGGACUAUUAUACAGGGGAAAUAUGAACUGAAACGUGUUCUUGGAGCGGGCGGUUAUGGACAAAUUUUCAAAGCAUAUGAUUCGAAUAAAAACUUAUAUGUAGCGGUAAAAAUAAUGCAAAAGAAACAUGAACCUCAAAGGAUGAUUUUAGAACAGCAGAUAUUGUAUAAUUUGAAAGGAAAACCCGAAUUUCCUCAGCUGUAUGGCAGUGGGACAUAUGAAGACUACAUGUAUAUAGUAAUGGAACUACUUGGGAAAAGUCUCUCAGAAAUGCGAAAGAAAAAUGAGGGCAAAAAAUUCGAUGUGGUCACUGCUUUACGGGUUGGUCUCAUGAUGACUGAUUCAUUAAGAAUUCUA